UAUAUCAGUUCAUUCACAAACUGUGGCUGGAGAACGCACCCAUCGGAGAAUUAUCCUGAUCCGGGCUCUGAACCUGCACCCUGAAAAGAAAAUGGAGAAGAACUGUCAGCCCAGUGUGGUUCAGGAAGAACUAAAAACUAAAGGACUACCUAGACCGGAAGUUGGAUAUAUUUGCGACCGGAAGUUGGUUGAUGAAUGCGCCAGGAUUGAUAAGAUUGGAAAAAGAUCUUUGAUAGUUCAUUCUCUUCUCUCUACAACCUUACUUAUUAAGAGACUGAAACUGUUUCCCCUAAGACCGGCCAUUAUAGAUGAUCUCCGGGUUUUCCACUCUCAGGAGUACGUGGAUUUUCUUUCCAAUCCAAACCUUCAGGAUGAAGAAGAGUUUGGGCUUGGAUAUGAUUGCCCUGUUCUAGAAAACAUGGAUGUUUUCGUUCAGACCCUGGCCGCUGGGUCAUUAACGGCCGCCGAUCUCCUACUGGAAGGCCGAGUACGUGUUGCUAUUAACUGGUCCGGGGGUUGGCACCAUGCCAAAAGAGACUCUGCUGCGGGGUUCUGCUACAUCAAUGAUAUUGUGCUCGCCAUCCACCGCCUGCAGCGGAGGUUCAAGAGGAUCAUGUAUGUUGAUCUCGACGUUCAUCACGGGGACGGAGUUGAGGACGCAUUUUCCUCGACUGACCGUGUGUUGACCUUCUCCGUCCACCAGCUGGAGACAGGGUUCUUCCCUGGGACCGGAGACUUGACAGAAAAUGGGUUCGGACGUGGCAAAUAUUAUAGGGCUGUGAUGAUACCACCCUCUGCUCCGUGUUUAACUCUGUGUUCCCGCUUGCUGUUAGUAGAUUCAACCCUGAUGCAUUUGUUGUACAGUGUGGCUGUGACGGGUUAGCAGGCGAUCCUUUGGGAGGGUUUAAUCUGACUCCUCUUUCUCUCUCUCAGUGUACUAAACAGGUUGUAGAAGUUGGUUUACCGGUUCUGCUCUUGGGUGGAGGAGGUUAUAAUAUUCCUAACUCAGCCAA